AUGUCAACUACUCACGAUUCCCCACCACCCAUUCCGCCAAAGCCUAAUACACCAGACAGGAGUUCGCAAGUUAGUAACGUCACAAAUAUUGAUCAGCUGCUAAAUUUGAUUGAUAAUGAAAUCGGCCACUCUCGUUCAGACGACGAAACCUGGAAUCAGGCGUCAAUAAGACAACCGGCACAUGUAGAUCCAAAACAUCAAGCUAUGCCGUUGAAUAUAAAUACAAACACACACUUUUCUGAAGCUACAAAUACUGCAAACCCGAUAGGGCCACAUCAAAUGCUAUCUCAACAUGCAACGACGGCAUAUAACCCAAACAGUAAUUCUUCAAAUGCACAACACGCUUAUACUCCACAGCCAAAUUACAGUUCUGCGCAACCAUAUUAUAAUAAUAAUUACAGUGGGAGACAGUAUCAAUAUCAAGGAGCGUAUACUGGGCCUUAUUACUCGUCAUAUCCUCGUGACCUAACGUCUCAAGGAUGGCCUGCCCAGACGUCGGCUUAUCCACCAAAUUCUAAUACAAGACCCCUGCCCAACCCGCCUUCAAAUACAAUCUAUCCUUCGCAUAAUCAAUCUGUUCAAUAUUCUCACAACAUGUAUCCGUAUGGUGUCCCUUAUGUACCUCCGACAAAUGUACCAUCAGCAAUGCCUGUAUAUCCUGCAAUGCCCGAUUAUCUUAAAUACAUAGAUAAUUCUACGGGAUCACAUGUUCAACAUGUUGACCAAAACAUUCAACCACCACGGAGUCCUCAACCACAUUCACAGCCCGUAUACUCGCAAGAAUUGCCUUAUGAUGCAUACCCAACCGAUUAUACACAUAAUUACCCGUCUUCUGCUGGUCCUUCAACUAAUACGUGGCCGUUAACGACUCCGCAAACGACAUCAAUAAAACAAACAAGUUCAAUACCAGAAGCCAAAGGACCACAUCCAGCUGCUCCUCGACCGAUGAAUCCUGCAUUGCUAUCGUGUAUAGCACUAGCCUUUCGAACUAAUAUUAAGUUGGGGACUCAUACGAAAGGCGCACUGGAAUAUCCAGAAAGCUUUACAGGAAAAGAUGCAGUGUGCACAAUAUUCUCUCUUGUUGAACGUGAAGUACCCAGUGUUUCUCGUCAUGUCGCAUUGUCAAUGGCGCGUUCGUUAGAAGCCCAACUUUAUUUCCAUUCAGUCUACUGGGGCAUAGUUACCGUAAUCAAAGACACAGAAGAUGAAGUUUAUACAUUCCUAAACUCAGAUCCUGAAACUCCUACAGCCAUUGAAUUGGAUGAAGAUUUUCCAACUGGGGUUUUCCCUAUUAUUGCAAAAUGCUAUAGUCCUCGGUGUGGUAUUGAUGGCAAGGGUUGUUAUUCCAGGACUUGUCCUAAUUAUGUUCCAGGCGUGGAUGAAAAACCACCAGAUCCUGCUAUGAGGAGACCAGAAAGCUUAACACCUGCUGAUGUCGUGGAAACUCCGGCUCAGGACCGUACAUGGGUUGGAUCCGUGUCGAAGGAAAUUUUGGAAUCACUUAGUAAAGAUGAAAUAAAACGCCAAGAAAUUAUUUUUGAAACAAUAUAUACUGAAGAAGAUUAUGUGAAAGAUUUGGAUCUCAUCGAAGAGCUUUUCAUAAAAGGACUUCGUACAGCUUCACCACCAGUUAUUCCUCCAAAUCAACUUGAAAGCUUCAUCCAAGAAAUCUUCUUUAACGUCUUAAAGAUCCGUGACCACAAUCGAAAAAUGCUUGAACGGCUACAAAAACGACAAAAGGAGAAUCUAGUGGUGGCAGUCAUUGGAGACAUAUUUUUUGACUGUGCACUAGAAUUUGGUAAUGAUUAUAUAGAUUACAACGGGCAUUUUCCUAUCGCUGACAAUAUUAUUAGGUCUACAAAGCUAAAGAAUCCAGAAUUUAAGAGAUUCUUGGAGCAAUGUUCACGAUCUAAAGAAGCUCGUAGACUUGAUUUCCGCCAUUUUGUACAACGUCCUACUACACGUCUGCAACGAUAUACAUUAUUACUCGAGCAGAUCAAGAAAUACACACCAGAUGAAAAUCAAGACAAAGGUUACCUUGACAGUGCUCUGCAAACGAUUCGUGAACACUGCGUUGUAAGCGAUAAUAGAGUUCACGAGGCCGAAAAUCGACUGAAAAUAUUGGAAAUUGAACGUAAAUUAGUCAAAAAAGACGGAGGUCCUUGCAAUGAGCUCAAUGAGCUCAAUCUCUCCGACCCAAAUCGACAACUGUUAUUCAAGGGUGAAUUACAAAAGAGAUCCAGUCUUGAUAAACAUGAUCUAUUGGUGUUUCUCUUUGAUAAUUAUUUGGUUAUGACAAAAGAAAGAAAAGGGCCUGAUGGUGAAAUAAAAUACCAACUAUCAAAGAAGCCUAUUCCAUUAGGUUUACUUAUUGUAGAUACACCUAGUGAAACUCUGCAGCCAAAGGCUACAACGUUUCAUAUCAAUAUUAAACCACUUGAUCAAGUUAGGAAAAGAACUAACAGUACAAUGCAAUCUCCUAUUUCACCGCAAACUGUUACCGAUCUUGAAGGACAAAGCAAUACUUAUGGUCGAUUUCCGUUUACUGUCCUCCACAUUGGGCGACAUGGAGGUCAAUAUCAAUUGUUUGCAGAUUCAGAUACUACACGAAAAAUGUGGAAAGAUAGAAUACAAGAUGCACAAACAAAACUUCUAUCGAACGAAGCUGUUAAUAAGCAGAUUUUUGAAGUGUUUACAUUAAAUGAUUCCACCUUCGUAACUGGUCUUGGUGGAUCUUCAACUUCGGGGUCAUCAACAUCCAUAUCAAGAAGCAAAGUGACAUUUACAUCCGAGAAACGUAACAUGGUUGCUAUUGGGGCUGAAGAUGGUGUCUGGAUGGGAUUUGGAGGAGAAGUGAGGACUUUCAAGCAAGUUUUAACUGUCAGCAAUGUGACUCAGAUGGCAGUUCUUGAAGAUUUUGGAAUAUUUGUUGUAUUAUGUGAUAGAACACUCUGGGCAUUUUCUUUGGAUGCUAUAAUACCAUCAUCAUCAAGCGGAAGCUCUCACAACCAACCAUAUCGCCAACGCCUAAGUGCUAAUAACAAUGUCCAAUAUUUUAAUGUUGGCGUUAUAAAGGAGAGGAAUUCUACGAAGGAAAAAACUUUAGUAGUAUACAUGAAAAAAAGAGGUUUAGAAAGUCACUUCAAAGCUUUGGAGCCCAUAUGUGCAGUCGGCUCAAGUAGUGAUAAAUCAAAAGCCUCAUCUUCACGUCGUG